AUGCUCAGAAUGAACUCCAUCAAACGAGCAAUGCGCAAGCCAUUCGCUCCAAAACUCACCAGAGAAGAGAAUGAGGAUCUCGAAUUCCAUGUCGCACAGAUACGCUCCUCAAUCUUCGCCCUCGAGCACCGAAUCGAGAUCUCACGAACAAACCUCCUUACCAUCUGCCGCUGUCUCAAAAGCCAACUCUCCUCCGCCGCUGCCGAUUCCCAGGUGUUUUCUGGCACCUACGGCAUAUUCGACCUCCCCCGAACCAUUGCUGCAUUAGAAGAACGGUGCAACGAAAUCACGCUCAAUCAGCAAGAUCUCCAACGGCAGAAGCCGCCCAUGCGGGGUAAUGUGUGCCCGUCCGAGCUCAUCGAGCGACCCGUCACGAUUCCGCAUGAUCAAAGGACUAUUUCGUUACCGCGAGGGCUGCCGAUUGGGAAGGCCGCUGCGUUGACGGUCACGGUAGAAGGGAGGUACCAUCUUUUGCAGCUGAAGCGGAAGCAACUGGAGACCGAGGCGGAGAGAUGGGAGGCGGAUGUAAAGUACUGGGGUGGUAUUUAUGAUUCGAUGACUUCCCCGACAUCGCCAUCGAAUCCCGCAGCUCUCCCUUUCUCUGAUUGUGACCAUACACUGUCAAAUCGCCCAGAAAUUAUGCUACGGGAUGAGAAUACAGCCGGGGUCACGAACAUCCAGAGGAAUAAGAGUCAACGGAAAGCAGUCCCGGUGAAGGAUAUCGUGAUACGAACUAUGCAGAAGUCGACCAGCCCGGUCGAGUCGACCCUUGGGUUACAAGUGAAUAAUACGGAGUCGCUGGCUUUGUCUGAGAGGCAGACAAUGUCUCCGCGGCCUGCGCCGAAGAGAGCGGCCAGUGGGUGUCUCGAAGGAGAAUUUAGAGAAGUGGAGUUUCGUGGGUCUGGAAGAAUGCCGAAGAUAAACGAGAGCAAAACCAGCUAA